AAAUCUCCAAGGUGCUACUGAGCUAUUGCGCAAAUUCAAUGCCGACCAAAAGGCCAAGAAGUCCGAGGAGGCUUCCGAGAAGAAAGCCAAGAAGGCAAAGACCUCCCGUAAGGCUCAGGAGGCGGACAUGGCUGACAAGGCGGAUAAGAAGACGGAGAAGGGCCCCAAGGCCCUCAAGGCCAAGCCCGCUGAGAAGCAACAGGCGAAGCCCAGAGGAAGACCCGGUAGACCACCAAAGGCUACCAAGGACGCCAAGAGCGCGAAGGAAACCAAGGCUCCUGCCAAAGCCGCCAAGAAGACGAAAGAGGUGAAGGCACCUAGGGCAGGCACACGCGUUUCGAGCAGGACGAAAUCGGCCUAGGGAUCAUCAACACAAUUCAGGGGCUAAUCAGAGGUACUCUGGUUUUUAAUCUCUAUGCACCAAGCGCAACCACUUGGCUAAACGUUCCUCUGCUUUGAGCACCAUUGAUUGGGUGCCUCGGGCAUUUAACGCUUCAUUCGGAGAGCGCGCGAAGGAGCAGCCAGUGGUUGCGCAAAGGAACUUGGGAUGGGCGGCCGGCUGGUUACUACUUUCACUCCAUCUGUAUAUGUAUUCGGGAAUUCGUAGGCUGCUUUAUGUUAUUUCGACAUCUUCGGUGGCACAUUACGGGGAUGAUAUUAGCGACGCCAAAAUACCCGCCAAGGCAUGCCCGGAGGAGGAGAACAGUCUGCUUCGGCACACGAAGAAAAUAGCGGACAUGGAGGAAUGCUAAUGGAAUUUACCCAUCUUUGCUUCAAAGACUAUCUUUGUGAG